AUGUCUUUCUUAAUCAUUUAUCGCUCGUUGCCACGAUUCACACUUCUCCUUUUCAUUAUUACUCUCCUUUUCAUUAUUACUCUCCUUUUCAUUAAUGCUCUCCUUUUCAUUAUUACUCUCCUUUUCAUUAGUGAUCUCUUUUCAUUAUUACUCUCCUUUUCAUUAGUUCUCCCCUUUUCAUUAGUGCUCUCCUAUUCAUUAUUACUCUCCUUUUCAUUAAUCUUUCUUUCUUUCUUUCUUUCUUUCUUUCUACGCUACUUUAUCUUUUUAAAACGAUUUCUUUUCUCUUUCUUUCUUCUCUUUUCUCUACAUUUAUUUUAUCAUUCAGUCUCUCACUUUCUACUGGUCAUUUUCGCUUCCUUCCUCUUCCGUAUUUUCUCUCUUAUAAUCCUUUAUUUUCUCUCUCUUCCUACCCUUUUCUCUAUUAUUUUUCACUUUCUGUCUUCUAAUACUUCCCUUAUAUUUUUUUGCUUAAUCUUUCUUCCUUUCUAUAACUGCUCAAAUUUCUUUCUCGUUUUCCCUUGUUGCUUAUUAACGUUUUCUCUCUCUCUCUUACAAACAAUCUCUCUCUCUCUUCUAUUCCAUUCUUCUCAUAAUCUUUCACAUACUUUACCCCCUCUAUUCCUUCAAAUUCUUUUUCUUAUCUUUCACGUUAUAUCGUUCUUGUCUUUUCUCCUUGUAAUCUGUCAUGUUAUCUUUCUUCCUUUUAUUCUCUCUUAUAAUCAUUUUUCACUUUCACUUUAUUCUUUUCCUUUUCACUUAGAAACUGACUUUCUUUCUCUUUAUUCCCUUUGCUACUUAUCUUUCCCUUCCUCUAUCUUAAUUUCUAUCUCCCUUAAAUUGCUUACAUUGUCUUUUCUUCCUCUUUCGUCUUAUGAUUUUCCACUUUCUCCCUUCUGUAUAAUCUUUCACUCUGAAUUUCUUCUUUCCAUUUCCUCUCGCAUUUUUCUUACUUACCUUCUCUCUUUUAAUCCUUUACUUUCUUUCAUGCUCUUUUUUUCUCUUAUUCUCUUUUAUCUUCUCUUUCUUCGUCCUUUUUCUCGUAUGAUCUCUCACUCUCACAUUUUUUUAAAAUUUUGA